UUGUCUCCCUCUAGGUGCAUUAGCAGCGCGUGGCUACUGGAACUUCACCUGUGAACACCCGGUCCCACCCCACGGGCUCCUGGCAGGGUGUGGAGAGAACGCGUUCUCAUUACAGUUACAUGCCUUCAACUGGGACAAGCGCUCCAGUGUUUAGUGAGCCGAGUAGCCGGCUACCGGGAGCAGUGUCUGUGCAGUGAGAGGGGAUUGAAGAAGGGAGCCUUCUGCGGAGGAUUUACUGAACUUACUGAGACAGAGCGCAGUAUCUUGAUGACAGAUUCGUGCUUUAUUUUGUGACCAACUUCCUUGAAGAAUGUGACUCAUACCAAAACAAACACGAGAAGGUAUUGGUUGUCAAAUAUAUUGAACUGAGCUGCUGGUUUGUCCUUUUAAACUCAGUCUGGACGGGAAACCCAACUGUGCUGAAAACGACUGGAACAAAGAAGUAUAUUCUAAAAGCUGAAAGAAAAUGGAUACUUCACACAUUGCGAUCCUUGCACUAAGUCUACAGAACCUUCUUUCUUCUGUGCUGACCUUACCCCCUGAGUGUACCAUCAUGCUGGAAAUUGAGAGGGAACGAGAGGACUGUGUGAGAAAUGUGGAAUCUGAAAACAUUUCCACUGUUUACGGCUGCAGAGGAAUGUGGGAUAACAUUACCUGCUGGCCCUCAGCCCAGGUUGGGGAGAUGGUUCUGAGGCAAUGUCCAACAUACUUCAGCUUUUUCUCAGAUAUGCACGGUAACGUCACACGAAGCUGCACUAAGCAAGGCUGGGCUGGCAUGCAUCCUGUCUCCUAUGCUGUGGCUUGUGGCUACGAUGUCAACACGACUGCUAUGGAAGAGACCCAGUUCUUUGGGACAGUGAAGAUUGGCUACACUGUUGGACAUAGCUUGUCUCUAAUUUCCCUGACUGUAGCCAUGACCAUUCUAUGUGUAUUCAGGAAAUUGCACUGCACAAGAAACUUCAUACAUAUGCAUCUGUUCAUGUCCUUCAUUCUGAGGGCUGUUGCUGUCUUUGUAAAGGAUGUGGUUCUUUUUGAAAGUGGAGAAUCUGAUCACUGCUUUGUUGGUUCAAUUGGCUGCAAAGCUGCCAUUGUCUUCUUCCAGUACUGUAUAAUGGCCAACUUCUUCUGGCUCCUGGUGGAAGGCCUAUACCUCCACACGUUACUGGUGGUCUCCUUCUUCUCUGAGAGGAAGUACUUUUGGUGGUACAUAAUGAUUGGCUGGGGAGGCCCAUCAGUAUUCAUUACAGCUUGGAGCAUCACUAGAGCUUAUUAUAAUGAUAUUGGUUGCUGGGACAUUAUUGAGGCUCCAUACUGGUGGAUCAUAAAAGCACCGAUUUUGGUUUCAAUAUUGGCUAAUUCUAUUCUCUUAAUCUGCAUUAUCCGCAUACUGGUUCAAAAGCUGCACUCUCCGGAUGUGGGGAGGAGCGAAUCCAACCAGUAUUUAAGGCUGGCAAAAUCCACCUUGCUGCUGAUUCCUCUCUUCGGUGCUCAUUACAUCAUUUUUGCAUUUGUUCCCGACCACUUUAGAGUGGAUGUGAAGCUGAUCUUCGAGCUUAUUCUGGGUUCAUUUCAGGGCUUCGUGGUGGCUGUCCUGUAUUGUUUCCUUAAUGGAGAGGUUCAGGCAGAAAUAAAGAGGAAAUGGAGAAGGUGGCACCUGGAGAGGUUGUUAGGGACAGACACAAAGUAUCACCAUCCUACUAUGGGAAGCAAUGGAACCAACUUUACCACCCAGAUCUCCAUGCUUACGAAAUGCAGCCCAAAGGCCAGAAGAGCAUCAAGCCUCCAAGACUCCUCAUUGGUGUAACGACAGCUCAGCCUCCACUCCUCUCUGGUGUAACACCAGCCCAGCCUCCACUCCUCACUGGUGUAACACAAGCCCAGCCUUCACUCCUCACUGGUGUAACACCAGCCCAGCCUCCACUCCUCACUGGUGUAACACCAGCCCAGCCUCCACUCCUCACUGGUGUAACACCAGCCCAGCCUUCACUCCUCACUGGUGUAACACCAGCCCAGCCUCCACUCCUCACUGGUGUAACACCAGCCCAGCCUCCACUCCUCUCUGGUGUAACACCAGCUCAGCCUCCAGUCCUCACUGGUGUAACACCAGCUCAGCCUCCACUCCUCUCUGGUGUAACACCAGCCCAGCCUCCACUCCUCACUGGUGUAACACCAGCCCAGCCUUCACUCCUCACUGGUGUAACACCAGCCCAGCCUCCACUCCUCUCUGGUGUAACACCAG